AUGGCAGAGGAGCUUGAAAGGCUGUGGAGUAAACUGUCAUUUACUGAGGAGGAGGAUGAAGGAAUCGAGCUUGAUUUCAACUGUACCAAGGCAGCAAGGGAGAUAGGGAAGAACUGUGCGUUAAUGAAGAUCUUAGCUCACAAAAGUAUAAGCAUUAAGUUGGUUCUACUCCAAGAGUUCAAUGGGAAACUUACCCCAAAGGAGGUCAAGAUCAGGUGGGCACCCUUUUGGGUCCAAAUUUUCAACCUUCCCCUGAACUGUAGAACGAAGGAAAUAGGACUAGCAAUUGGUGCCAAGCUAGGUGAGGUGUUGGAGAUAGAUGUUCAAGAGUCUGGGGUUCAUUGGGGAACGUGUUUGAGGGUGAAGGUGCAUUUAGAUGUGACCAAGACAUUGCUUAGAGGUAAAAAGAUCACUAUGGAAGGCGGGGAAAGCAGGUGGGUCAAUUUCAAGUAUGAGAGGCUGCCCAACUUCUGCUACCAGUGUGGACUGCUGAACCACGCUCUAAAAGAAUGCCCAAAAAAUGGUGAAGGAAACAAGAGCACAGAGAGGUGA